AUGCUGAAGACGCAGGAAUGCUCGACCAAAUGGAGAUACAUUCAGUCAUUGACGCAGGAAAAUCAAAGAUUGCCGCCUCCUUUGAUGUUUAAGAGUCUUUAUGGUAUGAUUCAGAAGCCAAAUCCAGCUCCCAAUCGCAACAGUCCAGCCACUGCUCAGUUAUGGCAAGGUCCUCCUCCUUUGGUUCUAAAAAUUAAUACGGAUGCUUCAGUUCAAGCUGCCAAGAAUCUUUCAGUAGCCAGUGCUGUCAUUAGAGACUCGUCGGGCUCAGUUGUCAGUUGUGGUGUCUUCGUUGCUCAUGGUGUUGUUGAUGUCGACGCAGCAGAAGCUUUGGCAGUUCGCUUAGGGAUGCAGCUGUCAGCCUCCGUUCCUUAUUCAGAGUUCAUUGUUGAAUCAGAUUCCACAAGCAUCAUUCGCAGGCUGCAUCAUCCUGAAGACGCAAUAGAUCCUGUCCAGACCAUCGUUGAUGAAUGUUUGGCUCUCGUUGGUGAUCGUUCUAUUUGUUUUCAGCAUAUUCCUAGAGUUUGUAACCAAGUUGCACGUGCCCUUGCUAAAUGGGGUGUGUUUUUUGGUGGUGAUUGUUUAUUUACCGGUGAAGUUCCAUUCCCGGUUUAUGAACUUGUAAACUCGAUUGGCUGA